CAUUUUGGAGGAUCAAGAACCGGUGGUGGAGAAAUGACAACAUGACUCGUGUCCAAUUCUGUACACGAAUUCUCUCCUCUCCUUCCUGCUACCAUCCUUAAGUUCUGAUAAGUCCACAAGGACUUGAUGGACUCAGAUAUUUCUCUACCAAAAUGGGUGUGGGUUUUAGGCUAACUCCUAAGUGGGGUUCUCCUAUGCAGUCUCACUCUGCCACCAAUUCUACGUCCAUGUUCUCAUCCUUUUCUGCUAGAGGCAUGGAGGCUUCUGUCAACCAGGCAAGGUUGUCUUUUUUGUCUGUUGUUUCCGAAGAGGGUGAUAUUCUCAACAAACAUUCUUUCAAGUCUUUUGCUUGUUCAUCUGCAGCACAAAACGUGGAAAAUGAUUGCUUGCAAAUGGAAAGACUGAAGAUGAAUGUGGACAAGACGUCUCAUGUUAGCAUAAAUAACAUGACGGGUAAUGAUAAAGUGUCUGUUGAAGAGGAAAUUUCUACCUCACAUACACGCUUGAGAGAGCGAAUGACAUCGCGUAUUAGCUUUUUGUUGGACAAUCUUGAUACUUUAGAGAAGCUGGUUGCUGACUUGGAUGCACUGAAGUUGGAAAGGGACAUUUUGCUGCAAUUAGGAAGACUUGGAGCUCUAGAAUUUUUCAAUGCCUGUCUGUCAAGGACUCUUCAAACUUCCAAUGUUUUGGACUUGUCUGCUGUUCCUACUGAGAAUACAGGAGAGAGUAAAACAGAUAGCAUGUCAGAUGAUCUCACAGGCAAAACUGUUGUUCGCACUGGGAAAAAGGAAGAAAGAAAAUUUAGAAGAGAAAGAGCUGCCUCAGACAACGGAAAAAAAACUACUUCUUUGUCUCUGCCUUCAAAGACUGUCCAAAAUAAUCUUCAAAAGCCUACCUUUGUGAAAAGAACAUCAAGCUCUAGUAGUAGACGAUCCUUGAUAGCAAGAAAUGAGGCAAAAAUGACAAGGGGAGUCAAGGUGGCUUCAGACUUGGAGAGAAUCAGAACAACUUUAGAGGAAGAAACCGGACAAGCAGUCAGUUUAAGUUGCUGGGCUGAAGCAACUGGACUUGACAAAAAGGUGCUGCAGCAGCAAUUGCAAUUUGGUUGGUACUGUCGAGAUGAGCUCAUAAAGAACACUCACUCAUUAGUUUUAUACAUUGCAAGAAACUACAGGGGAAUGGGAAUAGCCAUGGAAGAUUUAAUUCAGGCUGGAAAUUUGGGUCUCUUACAAGGUGCAGAAAGGUUUGAUCCCUCAAGGGGGUACAGAUUCUCAACCUAUGUCCAGUAUUGGAUAAGGAAAUCUAUGUUAAAGAUUGUUGAGCGGCAUGCUAGAGGGAUCCAAAUUCCUUAUGCAUUAAGCCGGUCAAUAAACAAGAUACAAAAAGCUCGAAAAGCCCUCAGCAACAGCCAUGGCAGAUACCCAGAUGACUGGGAGGUUGCUAAAUUCACAGGUCUAUCUUUGGCUAAAAUCGAAUCAGCUAAGAAAUGUCUCAGAGUCGUGGCUUCACUUGAUCAGAAAAUAGGAGAAGGUCACUAUGCUAAAUAUUCGGAAUUUAUCCCUGAUAUGUCAAUUCAGAAUCCUGAAGAGGCUGUCAUGAGGCAGCACAUGAGAGAAGAAAUCUAUGAUCUCUUGAGAGGUUUGGAUUCAAGAGAGAAGCAAGUGAUGGUUCUGAGAUACGGGUUCAAGGACAAUCAACCCAAAUCACUUGCAGAGAUCGGGAGGCUAUUCCAUGUGAGCAAAGAGCGUGUGAGGAAGAUUGAGAAAAAAAUCAUGAUGAAACUAAGGGAUGAAGGAAUCCGCAGAAAUCUAAGUCGUUACAUGAUUUUGUAGUCUCAUCUUUACUGCUCCAUGCAAAAUAGGCCAGUUGACCUGCCCUCGACGCACUGAUGGCAUUGCUAUCUCGAAGAGAUUCGAAGAUACAUGGAAAGCUGCCUGACUGAGUUUGAGUCUCCCGAGACUCCACAUUAUUCCGUUACAAAUCUUCUAAUUAACUCACCAGCCACACCGACUCCACCUUGCAGUAAAUCUUUUACUUCUACCAGACAGGAAGAACGACAUUAUACAUGUUCCAUAUUUCAUUCUUUACGCUCAAUUUCUCGGGAGGGGGAUAGUGACUGAUAUACAUGUAUAUUUAUAGUCCUUCUCGAAGCCACAAACAGUUUAUACAGUUCCUCUCGGAGCUAUACUUGAGCUCCGAAUUUUCGCUAGUACCAUGUGCUGUGAAAUGUUGGGAUGGUUGCCUGGCUGGGGCAGUGUAGGAGAGCUAUCAAUUUAUUUUCUAUGAAGUACACGACAAAUUCAACAUCA